CUAUAUGGCGACAUCCUAUCAACUCCGUGCUGGUUCUUCAUCAACUAACCGAUUGUUUAAUUGAUAUAAAUCCUCUUAACGGUUGUUUAUUUUCCGUACUUAAUUAUGUGGAUUUGUGGCAAAAAUGAGAUUUUUAGUAAUUUUUGGAUAUUCUGGUUGAAUAUUUCUUGUAUCUAAAGAAACCUUUGAAACUAGGAAGAAAGUGGUAGUUGAAACAGUGUUUCGGGUUUAAAUUGUGUGAAGUGAAUUUAAAAAAAAUUCAUACAGCUAUACUUCAAAAAUAAAUAUAAAUAUCCAAAUCGUAUUUCUUUUGAAUUUUCAAAGUGCGUUCACCCAAAAUUGAAAGUGAAGCUCCCUAAAAAAUAGAAACAAAAAUACUUUGGUUCGCUUGUAAGAGGCAACGCUAAUGAAAGAAAAACCAUAUACCCUCAGGUAUUAAAAAGGAGUAGAGUGUAAUCAUUCGUAAAUACAUAAUAAACACGAUUGCCUACAAACGUAUGUAACAGGAGCAAAAGUCAUAAGCAACACGAAACCUACUUUAACUAAUCAACUAAACAUCACCUGAAUUGCAAAUCAAGGAAAUCAAAGCAGAUUCAUGAACACCAUGUUCGGCAAAUACUCCAACUUGUGAAGUUACAUCAGAGAUGGAAAAGAACAAGCAAAUCAUCGGCCUCGGAUUCAGGAAAACGUGUUGACGAUAUACCUUUCUAUAAAAAAUGGAAAGCAAAGGACUAAAACCCUUCAACUGGUUCGCGCUUUUUAAUUUGUUUGCACAAGUAAUAUGCUUAAAGGAUCUUCACGUCUCCGUACCGGAAGCAGUAGCGGUGGGUGAUAGGGUGACGCUUUCAUGCUUCUAUGACCUGGAAAACGCAGCGCUGUAUUCCGUUCGAUGGUACUUUGAGAAUGAGGAAUUUUAUCGAUAUGUCCCGAAAGAGCAACCACCAACCAGGGUUUUUAAAGUUUUCGACAUUCCAGUCGAUGUACAAAAAUCAACAGAACAUAGGGUAGUAAUACGCUCGGUAACACGCAGCCAUUCGGGCAGUUAUAUGUGUGAAGUAUCAGCGGAUGCGCCUCUAUUUCAUACGGAAUCGAGUUCAGGAACAAUGCUAGUUGCCGAUUUACCCAAAUCGGAGCCAAUUAUCACAAUUCAAGGGAUGACAGGCAUGGAAAGCAAACGCUUCGUGAAUAGGCAUGAAACAUUCAAGGCACAUUGCACAUCCGGCCCAUCGCAUCCAGCUGUGAAUUUUACGUGGUUCGUUAAUGGGAUUAAGUUGCCGCCGACCCAUUUCGGAUUGAGGGACACCAACGACUUUUUGAACGCUGUAAGCAUGACGGAAUCCUGGUCUGAGCUGCUGGUCCAAGUGGACAAUCAUAUUUUGACACCGUCAAACCGAAAAUUGAUAGUGCGCUGUGAAACAAAUAUUUACAGCCUGUACCGAGGAGCAGCUCAAGUCGAACUUUUUGUUCUUUGGGACCCGCGAGAAGCAUUCUGGCAUGACGGUGGAAAAGUCAGCCCCACCAUAGAUCAGCGAGGGAAUCGAGGAGACCCGGACAAUUCACCUCUGACUGGUGGAGUUGCAAACCACCACAGAGAAUCGUUAAUUUUUAAAUUUAAGCAUAAUUUAAUUGACACAAUACAAUCAUUAGUAGCGACGUUGUUUUUCAGUGUACUCCUUGUGAUGCUGUGAGACUUGGGUUCAUCUUUAGAUAAUUUCGCAAUCAGUUAUGACUUUGUUCAUUCUGCUACAAUGCUGAUGUUUUUUAAUUGGGAGGGUCGUAGAGAUGAGAUAGAAACAAAUCAAAAUAGGAACGCAGAGCCAAAUCAAAUCGAAUUCAAGAGUUCAUGAGCUGAAUUGAUAACAUCCUGCCAUAGUUUCAGAUAUUAUAUUUGUCUCCGUGGGACGUGUUGAUUUUAGCCUUGCACUAAAGUUAUAUAUUGGAGCUACUCUGUCGGUGUUCAAAAGCAUCGCACUCCCAUUAAUCUUAGAUAUCUACCAAACUAAUUUCCAUCUUAAAUUAAUUUCUGAGAUAGAAGCAUAAACGAUUUAUCAAUAUCUCAACCACCACAAUACUAAGUUUUCACCUUAACUGGCAUAAAAAACACGACAAUCUACGUUCCGACAAAUUAGUUGUAACUGAAUACAAAUCGGUAUUUAAUUUGUGGCAAGUUUUUAUUUAGUAACUGAAAUUUUCUUUAAAAUUGUACAAUUUCAGACUUUGGGAAUACCUAAAUUUCAAGUGUUUGCAAAAUUUUUAAAAAGUAUAUGGUGGCUUUGAGGAGCUUAAAAAAUGGAAGACACUCUAGUAGUUGAAUUUUUAUGUUCAUCUUAUCCUUCAUUUCUUUUCAAAAACAUUUGUGAUAAAUAAGAUUAUUUUCAUACGACGUCCUUGUUCAUAUGUAUGUACUUCUGAACAUGAUAAGAACCCUCGUUCACACUGCUGAGCGUACUCGCACUAGGAAUGGCCCGGAAUAAAAAGAAACUGCAGUAAAUAAAAAUCAAAUUUUAACCCAAAAAAAAGUUCAAAAUGAAUUAAAACGUAAUUGUACAGUUACACAUAGUAUAUUUAGCGUAAGAAUUUGAAGAUUAAUAAAUAAAAUAAUGCAAACAAAGGUAAAUGUUGUGUUUGAAACUAGACAUAGUCUCUAGGGAUAUUUGUAAAUCGGGCCUUGUAUGAGAAUCUAUUUGGAAAUAUAUAAUAUAAAAAAAAUAUGAUAGUAAUGCACUAAGCUUAUGCGUUUACAAGGUCAGAGCAUGGUAGCAAAUGCAUCGUCAUUCAAAAGAAAUUAUUAAGAAUUAUGUUGUAGUCAGAGUACAGUGCGCAGAUCAUAAAUACAUACUCGUCUUGCAAUAAUCAGAAAAAAUAUUGUGUAAAAUUUUUGUAAUUAAAUAAAUGAA